AUGAUGUAAAAAAACUGGGGAUAAAACCAGUACUGAUUACCAGGGCCCCAAAGGAAGAGAGGGCCCUUGAAAAGUCUGAAAUAUAUUAUGGGGUGGGGCAUGGGGGCCCAUCAGGACUGCCUAUGCAUAGGGCCUGAGAUCUUGUGCAACGCCCCUGGUUACACCGACUGUAACAAAACCUGUUUUGCACUCAACUAUUAAACACAUAACCAGGAAACUUAUUCAGCUGUACAUUUCAUAGAAAAAAAACUUUUCAAGCGAGUGACUUUCUGUCUGUCUGUAUAGUGAAAUAAAUAUGGCAGAAGCUCAUAUUUUUAAGGACAAGUUCAGCUGUUCAGUGUGUUUGGAUCUCCUGAAGGAUCCAGUGAGCAUUCCCUGUGGACACAGUUACUGUAUGAGCUGUAUUACAAACUGCUGGGAUCAGGAUGAGAUGAGAAUCUACAGCUGCCCUCAAUGCAGACAAACCUUCACACCAAGACCUGUUUUAUUUAAAAAUGUGAUGAUUGCUGAAAUGGUGGAGGAACUGAAGAAGACAAAACUUCAGACUGCUGUUCCUGCUGACUCUUAUGUGGAGUGUGACGCCUGUACUGAGAGAAAAUACAAAGCUGUCAAGUCCUGUCUGGAGUGUCUGAAGUCUUACUGUCAAAAUCAUCUUAAACAACAUGAGAAUCUCUUCAAUGACAGGAAACAUCAUUUGAUGAAUCCCACCAGACAACUUCAUGAGAUGAUCUGCUCAAAACAUAAUAAACAACUAGAAAUCUACUGUCGCACCGACAAACACUACAUUUGUUAUCUGUGUAUGAUGGACGAACAUAAAAACCAUGAUACUGUGACAGCUGAAGCAGAAAGAACUGAGAAACAGAGAGUUUUGGGAGAGCGACAGAUAAAAUUACAUCAGAUAAUUGAUGAGAGAGAGAAGGAGCUUCAGGAGCUGAGAGAGGCCGUGGACUCUCAUGCGCGCUCUGCACAGACAGCAGUGGAGGACAGUGAGAGGAUCUUUACUGAACUGAUCCGAUCCAUUGAGAGAAGACGAUCUGAGGUGACGCAACUGAUCAGAGAUCAGGAAAAGACUGCAGUGAGUCGAGCUGAAGGAGUCAUGAAGCGUCUGGAGGAGGAGAUUGAUGAUCUGAGGAGGAGAGACGCUGAACUGAAGCAGUUUUCACAUACAGACAAUCACAUCCAUUUCCUACAGAGUUUUCAGUCUCUGUCUGCAGCUCUUGAGUUUUCAGUCUCACACAGAUUUACUCUCAGCUCUCUUCUCUCUUUUGAUGAUGUGAGAAAAUCUCUCUCUCAACUGAAAGACAAACUGGAAGAUUUCUGUAGAGAGGAGAUAAAGAAGAUAUCUGAUAAAGUUACAUAUAUCUCAGUUAUUCCUGCUGAAUUGAAGAGCAGGGAGGAUUUCUUACAAUAUUUCAAGCAGUUCACACUGGAUUCAAACACAGUUAAUAAAUACAUUCAGCUGUCUGAUGGGAACAGAACGGCUACUGACACUAGCACACUCCAUCAGUAUCCUGAUCAUCCAGACAGAUUUGAUCACUUUCAGGUGUUGUGUAGAGAGAGUUUGUGUGGACGCUGUUACUGGGAGGUUGAGUGGAGUGGUGUGGUGUAUAUAUCAGUGUCAUAUAAGAGCAUCAGCAGGAAGGGAAAGGGUAACGAGUGUGUGUUUGGAUGUAAUGAUCAGUCCUGGAGUUUGUACUGUGAUGACUCCAGCUGCACAUUCAUUCACAAUAACAAACAAACUGAUCUCCCUGUAGUGUUGAGCUCCUGUAGAAUAGGAGUGUAUGUGGAUCACAGUAAAGGAUCUCUGUCCUUCUACAGCAUCUCUGAUACAAUGAACCUCAUACACAGAGUCAACACCACAUUCACUCAACCACUUUAUCCUGGGUUUAACAUCAUUUUAGGUUCAGUGAAGUUAUGUAAUCCAGUAGUGUAGAUGAGAUGAAGAUUCUCUAACUAAUACUGUAAACCUUGACUAAAAUGAUACAGUAAUUUAGUUUCUUUACUGAACCCCUUUAGAGUCUUCACCAUAGACUGUAAAAAAAAGGGCACUAAGGUACUAUUAUUAUGGUUUUAAUAAAGUAUUAUAAAUAUGAUGUGUUAUAUUACUAGCAUGUGAUUAUAAUGGGAAAUAUAAUAACAAGAAUUAAAGUGUGACAAUCUGCUAAUUGUCAUUAUUAUUUUACCAGGUGUACACCCUAUGACCAGUAUUGUGUUUCAAGCUGUCUGACACAAUUCUUUAAUAAAAUACUUUGAAGAGAAUUUUACAUCUCAACCGUCUCUGAUUCUCCUGAAAAAAUCCACAACAAUAUUUUAAACACAAUCGCUUGAAAUACAUAUAACUUUACAAACAUACACAGGAUUAUUACUUACUGAUCUGACUUUGGACAGCAUGAGGGCGCAGCUCUCUUUACGUGCAAGCAAAAGAGAGACAGAGAGCAGCGCCACGAUGCAGAUGAUUAUAUUUGAACUUAUAAGGAUUUGGACUGUGGACAGAUGUGCAGUGAGAGAGACAUGGAUGAGAGCGUGCAUGUAUCUUUGCGCGGCCAGUCAACAGAAUGUUGGCAAAAUUUACAAAAUAACAGUUCUCCAGUCACAAAAAAGUCACGUGGGAACUGCUCGGAACUGAGGGCUUAGCGUCGAAUUUUUUAAUUUUUUCGCUGACGAAAGCAGAGUCGUGAAAAGCCUCUAGGGUUUCAGUGCUUUGGAGGGGGUCUGAAAUGACUGGAGGGGGUCUGAAAUGACGGAAGGGGGUGUGUCGCCCAGAUUUGCUUCCCCCGGUCUGCAUUUCCCCUAGACAUACGUUCUUCUCCCACACAAAGACAGAAUUUUAAUAAUAAUAAUAAUAAUACCUUACAUUUAUAUAGCGCUUUUCUCAGUACUCAAAGCGCUUUACAUAUGAAUGGGGGAAUCUCCUCAACCACCACCAAUGUGCAGCAUCCACCUGGAUGAUGCGACGGCAGCCAUAUUGCGCCAGACCGCUCACCACACACCAGCUUAGUAGUGGAGAGGAGACCGAGUGAUAUAGCCAAUUAGUAUGAGGGAUGAUUAGUAGGCCAAUGGGCAAGUUUGGCCAGGAUGCCGGGGCACACCCCUACUCUUUUCGAAGGACAUCCUGGGAUUUUUAAUGACCACAGAGAGUCAGGACCUCAGUUUAACAUCUCAUCCGAAGGACGGUGCUUUUUUGACAGUAUAGUGUCCCCAUCACUAUACUGGGGUGUUAGGACCCACACAGACCACAGGGUGAGCACCCCCUGCUGGUCUCACUAACACCACUACCAGCAGCAACCUGGUUUUCCCAGGUGGUCUCCCAUCCAAGUACUGACCAGGCUCAGCCCUGCUUAGCUUCAGUGGGCAAGCUGUAUUGGGCUACAGGGUGAUAUGGCUGCUGGCCGCUAAUUUUAUUCAAAAUAUGUAAAUUUCCACAAAAUUCGGUGUUAACACUAGGUUCCUUGUUAAUUUGCCAAUUCCGCAAUUCUGUGAUCGCGGGAAUUAUAGGGCCCUAAGCUUCAUGUGUUUGGUUAUAUAAAAUUUAAUUUGCACUUGUAGUCUUACAAUAUCCAUUUUAAAUGAUCAAGCUUUUUUUCAUUUUCAGAUUUUUAUUUUCCCUAUAACCGUCCCAAUCAACCCUUAGCCCCAAAUUUAACAUUAUUAAUAGUAAAAUCAGUAUGAUCAAUUUCGCAAGAUGACAAGAUCGACUGUGAAGAGUGGUACAUAAAUCCUCCCAUAGGUGGUAAAACUCAGUGUCUUUGUUCUCUAACACAUCAUACAACUAUUUGCUAUCCUUACCAUGGACACCCUUAUCUCCUCCAGGCCCAGCUAUGGAAUAACACAUUCAUAUGCAAGCAACAGAGAGACAACUUAAAACUUAAUUCAUGUAGACCUUAACCAUGAAACACAUUAAAAGCAUACCAUAUAAAACAUUUAUACUAAUUUCUAAAUUUUUAAAACACUCAAAAUUUCUCUACCAUAAUAUGAAUCGCGUUCCGCCGGACCAAUAUGUUUAAGGCACUU